GUCUUUUAUUUACAAAUGACAUCAAAGCUAUUGUCUGGUUGAAUGUAGUGAUUGGAAUAUUAAAAUGUCUGAACAACAGCCAAAAGGAAGGGGAAGAACACAAGGAGUCUAUUUUUCAAUAAUGUCGUUUUUCCGUCCGUCAAAAGAUCCCCGAACACCCGUGAAGGGUUUUAUGCCGAGAUUUAAAAAUUUAAUGGCCAAGCAUUUUAGAGGGCUUAUUGGCAUGGCAGUGCCGGUAUGUGCGCUGACUUGGCAAGGGGAGAAAGGUGUUCAUCAUAUUACAGUACAAUGCAUGUGGAUGUGGAUGUUCUGGUUCUUCUUGUUGCAACCUGUCUCCAUUCCCGUCACUGCCCUCAUACCUAUUUUCCUGCUGCCAAUGGCUGGUGUUCUUUCAACGCUUAGAACUUGCGGCUGCUAUUUUAAUGAGAACAUGGCUUUAUUUGUUUUGUCAAGCAUGCUGAUUUUAUUGUUGAAUAAUUCUGGUGCGGAUCGACGUAUAGCGCUCAGUUUGAUAUGCUCCGGCGAUAACUGCCAGUUUUCUGGGAAGAGAUUGGUGUUUAAGUGUAGCGUGGCGGCAUUUUUCUUGUCCAUGUUUAGCAACAGGCUCAUCAUAUCAUCCACCAUCAUGCAGUAUAUCACCCCAGCGCUAACGGAAUUGCAGGCGUCGACAGCAAGCAGUCGAGCCACUGAACCUGAUUACAACGAAAUGCGGUACAUCAUCAACAACGCUAUACAAACCGCAUCAUCCAUUGGCAGUAUAGCUAUAAUGCACUCCGCGUAUGCUUCACUGUGUUUCCGAACGAUAUUUUGCGAGAGCGCACCAAGAGGUCAAGAAUAUCCUGACAUAUUCAACUACUUCCAAUAUUCUGCCUUCGCGUUCCCAGUCGCCUUUAUUAUGUUCGUUCUAAACUUUGCCUACCACAUGAUACUUAUUAAUAAAUGUGUCUGCAAAGCGAUGACUUACGGUGUUCUUCAUGAUAUUCGCCCUCGUUAUAUUCUUUCUCCGCUGGAGUACUUUUUGAACAUGGGAUGGGCUGACUUUGCCAGAGAUGAAUCUUCGCCCCAAAUACCGAGGGUAAAAGAUGCCACGGUGGCUGCCAUAUUUGUGAUUGCGCUUCAUAUACUGCCCAAAGGGUACGCGUGGCUGAAUUACUUUAGCGCUGAAAGUAAAAAAAGUGAAUUGCCGCCACUAAGACCGGAAUCUGCAAUACUUUGGUGGCGUUUCGUCGAUAAGAACUUGAAUUAUGGAUACAUAUUUCUUAUCCGGUCGAAGAAGCAGACAGAAUCUGGAUGUAAGGCUGCAGUUAGUAAUAUUCCAGGCUCCGGCGUAGCCUUACAAGUUGCCAUUAAACACACCGGCCUGGACGACGACAUAGUGGCCCACUUCGGCAAGGUGUUCACGGACCACGAGUUCAGCACGUCGCUGUUCCUCGUCUGCCUCGUGGCUGUCAUCAUGUCGAACGCGAUGAGCGGUGUUGCUGCCUGCGUGUCCUUCCUGCCGUUGAUCUUGAGUAUGGCCGCGGAACCGCCACCAGACGCCGUGACCUUCCGAAGCAUUCGCGACUGGCCAGUGAAGAUGUACCUGGGUGCGCUCGGCGUUGGGUUGGCCAGCUCGUUUGGCUUCAUGUUUCCGUUCCUGUACACGCCGGCUUAUUACUGUCACUACACUGGAAAAGUGCCCAUGAAGAAGAUGGCAAAGUACUCAAUAGGCAGCGUUAUAAUUUGCCUGAUCAUACUAUGGCUGGCGUUGAUGUACUACGCGCCUGUGAUCUGGGACCCUGAGGGUACG